CGACCCUUCCGUACAUCCACGGGCUCAUUUAGCGCACACAUAGCGGAACACGGGCCAGUUUCCUGUGUGAGCCGUCUGGUGUCGAGUCAACUUCUUUUGGCUCCCGGCGAACCUUCGGCACCUUCCAGCGGACAUCGGUGUACCUGAGGGUCUGUCGUCCCCCCUCCACAGAUGUAGAGGGAGUUGUCAUCUGCAGCAGCCGUGUACACAACUCUUGUGCUGUCCAGUGAAGUUGCCCACCAUGCGUGAGUACAAGCUCGUGGUGCUGGGAUCAGGAGGCGUGGGAAAAUCUGCACUGACAGUCCAAUUCGUGCAAGGCAUAUUUGUGGAAAAGUAUGACCCCACAAUAGAAGACUCCUACAGAAAGCAAGUGGAGGUUGAUGGGCAGCAGUGCAUGCUGGAGAUCCUGGACACAGCCGGCACAGAACAGUUCACGGCGAUGAGGGACCUGUACAUGAAGAACGGCCAAGGCUUCGCUCUGGUGUACUCCAUCACGGCACAAUCCACGUUCAACGACCUCCAGGACCUCCGGGAACAGAUCCUACGAGUGAAGGACACCGAGGACGUUCCCAUGAUCCUGGUGGGGAACAAGUGUGACCUGGAGGACGAGCGCGUGGUGGGCAAGGAGCAGGGUCAGAACCUGGCCCGGCAGUGGAGCAACUGUGCCUUUUUAGAGACUUCAGCUAAAUCAAAGAUCAAUGUUAAUGAGAUUUUCUAUGAUCUGGUGCGACAGAUCAACAGAAAAACGCCGAUGGAAAAGAAGAAGACAAAAAAGAAGUCGAGUUGCACACUGCUCUAAAACGCCCUCCCACGGCAGCUCCAGGCCAGAAACUUGUAAUGAUUAACUGUUUCCCAGUGGAUCGUGCCAGCAUUCCAAGUCCUCUCCAGACCGUUUUGAAACAGGCCGACAGAAAACUUCACCACUCGCAAAAUGGCAGGAGAUGGCACAUACUCCAGAUACUCUUUCUGCUUUUUAAUGGCAAAGAAAUCCGCCUGUGUUUUUUGGGUUUUUUUUUGAAUCGUCAGCCUGAUGACAACUGUUAUUUUUUUUUCUCUCUCUCUUUUCUCCAAGGUGUCUUUCUUUUGGAAAUAUCAGUGUAAAAGAGGAGACCGUGGAUUUAAAUCCAUAUAUGGGAACUAAAACCUUUUGUUAUAAAGUAACAUCAGUCUUUGGCAUAUUGUGACAAUGCGUUUGCAGAGGAGUCCAUGUGAAAUGUUGGUCUUCUUGUACAUUUCUGCACUAACAGUGUCAAUGAAGAUGCGUCAUUGUCCAUAAGUUACUCGCUCCUACUUACAGGGACGUGCAUUGAUGAGAUAACAUCUUUCCUAAGUGACUUUGUUUUAUAUUGAGAGCUGCAAGCCUUCCAUAUUUCCCAUAAUAUAUUCUACUUCCAUUUUUGCAUAAUAAAGCUAAGGAAAUUAGUAUUUUAUAGACCGAUGGGGGGGAAAAUGGUGCGUUCUGAUUUGUGUCUUGAGGCUGAAAAUAUAUUGUACUAAACCAACUCUAAUAUUGCUUCUUGUGUUACCCUGUCACAGAUGAUUUUCCAGCUUUUAUGAAUGAUUAAAUUUUAGUACAUUUUCAUUAC